GCUCCCCCAAAUUCGUUUGUUUCCCACGGCGCAAGAAAGAAACAAGGGUACAAGAACAGCCCGCUAAAGGAAAGAAACAAGGGCUACACAAGAACAGCUUGAGAGCUCCUCUCCGAUCCCGACCCACCGCCUGCAACUCUUCUUCUCUCCUACGUGUUCGUCAGCCCGCUAAGUGUUAAGAUGGCUUCAAGUGAUGGUCAAACAGAAGCUGCGGCCCCAUCUGUCCCCAAAAACCCUGCUAUGGCAUCAUGCCGGAAGAAGAAAACAGAUGAUGCUACCUUCCUCGAAGAUCUGAAAGACCACAUCGAUGAGUUCAUCCAUGCCUCCAUGGAUGAGCACAAGACCUGCUUUAAGAAGACGAUCCAGAAGAUGUUUGGGAUGUCGAAGGCUGUUGCAGAGAGAUCCGCGGCAGAAGCGAAGGAAGCUGGAGUUGAAAGUGCUUUGCCACUUCAGACCAGUGUCUCGCAGUAGAAUUUCACGUUGGUAGUUUCUUGCUUGACGCCGGCCUUUUUUUAUACAAGGGUUUUGUUGCUCUGUGUUGUCUGAAACGUAUAAGCGUCUCAGUGGCAUGUUUUCAUAACUGUAUUGUAGUGCUUUCAUCAUUCUCCGAAGUUUGUUGUGUGAGUAUGCCUUAAA